AUGGCGGAUGUUCGAUCAUUACUUCGAAACGAACUGGCUUCUCGCAAGGGCUCAAAUCAGACCGGAAGAGCAGCAACGACGACAACAAAUCGUGUUACCAAGAAGCGCAAGGUAGAUCCUGAAGAUGACUUGACGCGCAAGAAGAUGAGACACGCGAUCGCAAACGCAGAUCCGCAGUCGGCGAAUAUUCGUACCGUACAGCCACCGAGUGCCCAGUCCCUUGAUGAAGACAUUGAACUCCCAGAACGAGAUACUGCUGGCCCGGAACCCCCAUCAGAAGAAGACGCCGAGCAGCUUUCCGCUCAACCUAGCGCACAACCAUCUGAGGCAGCAGUGGCAUCGAAUAGCACGACUGAGCAACCCAAGACUAUUGAUGAAGACGAAUGGGCUGCUUUUGAGCGUGAAGUAGCGGCGCCAACCCGGGCACCACAAGCGCCUGCUGCAGUCGCCGCACAGGCGACGAUAUCAGCGGCACCUGUUUCCGCCGAGCAGCUGGCAGCACAACAAGAGAAAGAAAAUGACACAAUAGCCCGUGGUCGGGAGGCCGAGGCCGAAGGUGAACGAGAAGAUGCAGCCCGCUUCUUAGAAGACGAGUUUGAUGAGAUGGAACAACUAGAGGAGCGGGUUAGACGGCUGAAGCACAAACGUGAGGAGCUAAGAAAUAUGAGGGCCACAGGGGCUAAAGAUGUUGAUUUGAUGGAUGGUCCAGCUUCGGCCGCCGCAGUGUCAGACCAUGAAAAGAGCCAGGAAGAUGAAGAAAAUGACGAUGACGACGACGACGACGAUGAUGACUGGGAUAACUGGAGAUUCAGGUAA